AUGGCGCACAAGGUCACCGUACACCCGCACAAGGCAGACCUUCCGGAAGCGAAAACGGGCGUCACACAAACCAUGUACAGCGGGGCCUUGAAACUAAAUAACCGCUUUUUCAUCAAGAGCAGCUAUGAGAGGGGUCACACAGACCUGGUGUCUGAUUGCCAGUCUAUGUAUUUAAGCUUUCUGCCCAAAUCUUGGUGGCCAACUCUCCCACUAAGUGCUGAGGGGGAGCUCUGUGGCCCUGGAGACACCAACUUCUGCAGAAGUCCUGUGGAGAGCACAGAGGUGGCACAGUUGCUGCUGGGCACUGGUAGUGGAGAAACAGAGCUGGCCUCGCCGCCUCUGGAGGCCUACCACAGGGCUCUUGAAUAA